AAAAAUGUGCUGUCAACAAGAUUAAAAACUGUUUGAAACCAUUAGUAGUUUGUGCGUACUUCACAUUUUCAAAAUAACGUAAUAUGUUGUUUUGCAAUCUAUGGUGCUGAUUUUAUAUAGAAUUAUGUCAUCUCUCGCCCUAAAUAAGUUGAAAAAGAAAACACCAGUAGAAAAAGUGGAUAGACCAAGAAAGAAAAUCGACCGAUUUGAUGGAUUGACAGAAGAAGAGGUGCAAAAAUAUACUUUGCCAGAUUACCUUGAAAUGAAUUUAGAUAUAGUUUUUGUUGGAAUAAAUCCAAGUUUAAUGUCAGCCCAUCGUGGUAGAUAUUAUGCAAGUCCAGGUAAUCAUUUUUACAAACUUUUGCACGAAUCAGGAUUAACAUCUCGACGUUUAUGUUAUGAGGAAGAUUACAAACUUCCUCAGUAUGGGAUUGGUUUGACAAAUAUUGUUACAAGAGCCACAAAGUCGUCUGCUGAUUUAAAAUAUGCAGAAAUCAAAGAAGGUUCUAAAAUUAUUGAAGAAAAACUGAAAAUUUACAAACCAAAGAUUGCUGUUUUUAAUGGCAAGUGUAUCUAUGAUGUAUUUGCUCAUAAAACAGGUAAUUUUAACUUUGGAUUACAACCAGAACAUGUUGGGGAAACUGCAAUUUGGGUCACCCCAUCAAGCAGUGCUCGUUGUGCAAAUUUUCCAAAAAUGACAGAUAAAUUACACUUCUUUACUUCUUUAAAAAAAUAUUUACAAUUCUUAAAGGGAGAUAUCAAAGACAUUGACAUGAAAGAGUUAUUGUUUGAAGGAAAAUGCAAACAAUUUAUUCCAAGAACUUCUAAAAUGUGGAGAAGAAAAAAUGUAUCUGCAUUUUCACAUGGAGGAAGAGUUGCCAAUAAAGAUACUAUGUAUCUAAACACAUCAGAUGAAUAUGUGACAACAGUUCAUAGUACAGAAUUCAUUGUAAAGAAGCUACAAGAUAAAAAUGGUAAAACUAAAGAAAUAUGUGACAUAAAUGAAUCUGAAUCAUUGAAAAAUUCUGAAACAUGUAUUUCACAAGAUGUAUCAUUACAAGAAAAACAUUCACAACUUGUAGGUAGUAUAAAAAGUAAUACAAAUAUAACAAACACUAAUAAUUUAGAAAAAUGUCUAAAAUCUGAUGCAGUGAUACCUAAAAUUCAAACAGAUAAUUAA